AUGACUCUCGCCGUCGACUUGCUCAACCCCCUCCCCGAGACUGAGAAGAGGAGGCACAAGCUCAAGCGUCUUGUGCAGUCGCCCAACUCAUACUUCAUGGAUGUCAAGUGCCCUGGUUGCUUUGCCAUCACGACUGUCUUCUCGCACGCACAAACUGUCGUUCUCUGUGGCUCUUGCUCCAGCGUUUUGUGCCAGCCCACUGGUGGUAAGGCCCGGUUAACUGAGGGCUCUUCCUUCCGCCGGAAGAACUAA